AAAAUCAUUUGAAUUAACAUCAGCGAAGCUACCAGUAUGUCUCAAGGGCGAUGAUGCUUUUUCAUAUUUAUCACUCUCGUCAAUCUCUAUCAGAACUACAUUAUCGUAGAAGCACUGACAAAGCUUGCCGGAAUUUAGACAGGUUUUCAGUUUCAUUUUUUCUGUUUUGCACACAGCUAUUGAAUGCUCUUCACGUUUCACACACUUUUGGCCGUCUUUCAAGCAUUUUUUUUCUGUUAAACGAACAAUAUCAUCUGAUUCAAGCAAACAAUUCACAUCCACACUGCACACAGCAGUUUUCACCUCUUUUGCAUGCUUUGUCUUUAGGUUUUGAAAACCGCAUGCACCUCGGAAAAUUUCUGGAUACGCCCCUGCUUGUUAGCUUCUCUUUAGUAAUGAAGUUGAGUGACAGUGUUUGUUGUACUUUUCACCUAUCUUUCUUCUCAAACUUCCCGAUAGGUAGGGACAUGAAGCAAUAUGUAUUAUGUCAAAAGUCAUUUAGCAAACAUUUUCUCUAUUGUUGUUGCCGAUUUUUGUUGGACAGACAAAAAAUCGCGCACAUAUUUAUUUUUCGUUCGCUCGGAAAAAGAAUAUGAUGUAAUGUAAUAUAAAAAGAAAAAAACUGAACGCAGGUAUAUUCUAGACGAAAAAAUAAAAAAGCGGUUUAUCACACUGUUCUCCAAAUUGGAAUCGUUUGUCUAUUGAAGUGUCACUCGGAAUGUUCGGAUUUGCGUCGGGUUGAGCGUGAUCAUGGUAUCUUUCAAUGAUGUUUGUGCUAGGAAAGGGAAACGAGGUUUUUUCUUUUGCAAGAGAGUCAAGUAUCACUUACUCACAACUCAACGCAAAAAACAAAAAAGAUGCUCUCCAAGACCAGACAAUCUCGAAAUCUUGAAAAAACAUUCACAAUGCACAUUUCAGAUGUUCUGACAAAUAUAGAAACUGACACCAAUCUAUUUGAAUCUCUCCUAUGUUCGUAUCCAUCUCGACUGCGUGCAGUGAAGAACGCUAACGGUCUUCAUACUGAUUAUUGAUUGUAUUCAUAAGACAAUAAAAAAAUAAAGAGUCUUUAUCACAUUCAGUUCUAACUUGAUCUCAUCGAUAGCUUUUCUCAUAUCUAUAAGCUGUGCAACUUCAUUCAUUAAGACAUUUCCAUACAGUAGAGUCAUCAUAACUUCAUCAUUUAGUACCAAUAAACCCCGUUUUUGCCGGGCUUUCUUUUGGUAUAAAUUUCGUUAGGUGUCCUAUUUAAAAUAAUACUGAUAUCCUCCUGGCAAAAUAUUAUUUCCAACCUAGUACAAAUAAUAAUGGUGUUCUAUUAACAUCAGUUUAUCAUAAACCAACAGCUGAACCAUAUGUUGUACCAUUUAUUUCUGAUCAACCUCAACAUGUAUUCGUCAAUGUUAUACAUAAUCAUCUUAGACAUGCUUAUCUAUCAUCAUUUAUUGAAAAUGAAUUUCGAAAAUUUUUUCAUGAACGUAUAUCUUCAACAUCAUUGCUACCAUUUAUUGAUAAUGAAAAAGAAUUUUUUUUAUGGGUAACAAAUUAUUAA